AUGUCGUUUCGGUCCAGCAUACGCGUCUCCGCGGACGAGGAGCACUCCAUUAUGGUCUCCGCGCUUAAGCACGUAAUCUUCGGGGGCGGCGGCGGCGGCGGCGGCGGAGCGGCAGACGGAAUUGCCAUGUCAUCAUCGGUUCCCUCGGCCAACGAGGCAGUGUUGUCGUUUUUCGAAAACGACACGUGUAGGUUCUGCCUGAUAAAUGGCUGUCUGGGGUGUAACUUCUUCCCGCCUCAGGAGAACGGCGGAGUUUUGGUGAAAACGACAGCGGGAAGGGCUUGCAACGGCAGCAAAAGUAGUGGUAGGGGCAGUUGUAAUAAGAGGCAAAGUCAGAGGAAGAAGAAGGAUUUCAGGGGUGUGAGGCAGAGGCCGUGGGGGAAAUGGGCGGCGGAGAUUCGGGACCCCAGGAGGGCGGCGAGGGUGUGGCUGGGGACGUUCGCGACGGCGGAGCAGGCGGCGAGGGCCUACGACAGAGCCGCCAUCGAGUUCCGUGGAGCCAAGGCCAAGCUCAACUUUCCCAUGUCCGACUACAAAGUAGUAGUUGAGAAUGGUGAUAAUAAUGGUAAUUAUAAAAAGAAUAUUAACGACCAGCAAAUCCCAGAUGCAAGAGAUCAAGAGUUGGAGAGUUUGAAAUCAGCUCAAGAAAACGACAAUCAGAUUCGACUAGAGGAUGAUGGGUUUUGGGAGAUGGACGGAGAUUGGAAUUGGAUGAUGACGCUGGAUGGUUGA